AUGGAAAAGGAUCUUUUGAAAUAUGGAAUUCUGAAUGUAGAUUUUACAGAACGAGGACAGUUAAUACUAAGUUAUAAUGGAAAAUAUCCUUCAAAGACUAUAACUGUCAAUUUAUACAAGAAACCUCAAGAAGAUUCUGUAAAUAUUAUUGUAUUCGGAUCAAUAACGAUUUCUUUCACAACUAAAGAAAAUCCUUCAGAAAACGAGAUCAAAAUAGACAAGGACAAACCGAUAUAUUUAUAUGUUUUCUUUUCCUUUGGAGGAACAAAAAUCCAAAUUUCUGAAUCAGCUCUUAAUGUCUUCCUUACAGUUUCCAAGUUAUUUGAGAGUCUUUCUUCAAAAGUUACAUUGUCAACUGAAAAUACUUAUGAUGAGCCAAUGUUAAUUCGAAUUCAAAGUCCUAAUAGUGAUGAAGAAGAAACAUUCACAAUUAAUAUUGAAAAUCCCUAUUCCACUGAAAAAUCAUAUAUUCUUUCACCUAAUAGCACAUAUAAAUCUGCUUUGUCGUCUGAAUUAGAUAAGUAUGUAAUACCAUUGCCAGUUGAAACUAAAAAGGAUGAGGAUGAAAGUGAUAAUUCGAAUCCAAAUUUAGAAACACCAACAAAAGGACCAACAAAUGCCCCAAUAAUCAGCCCUACAAAUGAUGAUAAUAAUAUUAUUAAAGAAAAACCAUCAAGUAACAAAGGCAAAACAAUUGGUAUUGCUGUAGGCGUUGUAGGAGCUGUAUUAGUAAUUGCAGCAGCUUCUGUUGUUGGGUUUAUUCUAUUCAAGAAGAAUCAAAAAAGUAAAGUAAGCAAUUUGGAUGAGAAUAAUUCAGAAAAUGAUAAUGACUCAGAAAAUGAUCUGGAUUUAUAA